CGCAGUUAGCGGUCCAUGUUCUUCAUGCAUUCUUUUUGUGUGAUGCGGUCUUGGGAAACGCGGGACGCCAGUUGUAUAGCGAUUGUCUCAUGAAUAGUGUACCUGUACUGCUUACUGCAUUAUAACUACCAGCCAAUGGCAGCGAGUGAGGACGAAACUGAGGUGUUCAGCCAUCUCGGCCAAAUCUUGGCCGAUCCUCCACCCAAGAGAGAUUUAUGCAACAAGUGCAGGCGGCCGCCUUCCGUUUGCUGGUGCUGUUCUUUGCCGGCGACCCCAGUUGCCAUCUCUAGCAAGGUUUACAUCCUCCAACAUCCCGGAGAGGUGAAACGGAACCUGUCCACAGCUCCUAUGCUUGAGGCAGCACUCUCCAACGAGAGAUGCAUAAUUCUCCGAGGUCGUAGGUUCUCUCGGGAGCGCUAUGGGCCACUGGAAAGUGUCCUUGAGGAUCCUCCGUCAGCGGACACUAUCCUGCUGUAUCCUGGGCCUGAGGCCAAAGACGUUCAAUUAUUAGCUACUGUUCAACAGCGAGGGCGAGGAUACAAUAUUGUAGUUUUGGAUGGCACCUGGUCACAAGCUCGUUCACUCUUCUUCAACAGCCCGCAGCUGCACUCACUGCAGCAGGUGCAGAUAAAUGCUUCUCAGGCAAGUCACUAUGUGAUACGAACUCAGCCAACAAGUGAAUGCCUUUCAACAGUAGAGACGGUGGCCUAUGCCUUGGCAGCUCUCGAGGAGAAGCCACAUCUCAAAGAGGUGCUGACAAGGCCGCUGCAGACCUUGUGCCGUUACCAGCUGGAACAUGGUGCUGUGGAACACCAGAGCAAGGAGUUUCUGAUUCAGAAUGGACUAUACAUGAAGCCGUUGUCACGACGCAUCAUGCACAAGCUGGCACGCAAUGAAGAUCUCAAAGACGCUUUGAAGUGACUGCAGUGUUACGACUUGUGGCCAAAUAUGCGAGGGCAGUGCUGUGGUUUAGUGUGGUGGACCUGCCAAUUAGGUGACAGUCCAGUUGGCAAUCAUUUCUGCAAUUGAUGUGAAUGUUAAAGCACCGAAACCAUACAUGUAACGAAUGUUAGGGCACCUUCAAGCAUCCCUGUGAAGCUUUUUUUUUUUUCCUGGUACUACACAAAGCAUUUAUUUAUGUUUGUCUGAAUGGCAACUGGUGUUACUUCUAGUCUCUGUAUUGAUAAUCAUAAAGCUGUAUGGUUGUGUUGAGUAAAAGAAAUGUAACCUUUGCUCCAUAUACACACACUGAUGCUCUAAAUGUACAAUACUUUUGUACAAUACAAUACUCUUGCCAAGUAAUCACUGUCUAACAGGUUUACUAUUGGAAGGAAGACUUGACGAAAAAAUGUAUUUAAUGAUCAGACAACAUUUGAACACCAAGUACAAUGAGAUUCCAUUGCAGUCUUACAACAAUUUACUAAAGAACAAGUGAAAACAAAAGCACUAGACAUAAUAAACCUCUUGGCAGUACAAGAAAAAAAAGAAA